UAAUAAAGAACUAAAAUGAAGAGAUUGAUUUGAACAUGUAAAAAUAUUCGUAUUUGUAUUAAUAAUGUAGUUAAUAUAUAUAAUAAAUGUUUACUACAAUUACAGUGAUCUAUUUUAUCAGAGCAUGUUUAAAGAGAACCAAUCCGAAAUUGUUUGAGUAUUUAAAUUUUUAUUUGUAACGGUUUAAGAGGCUAUUAAAAAAUAAAUCAUAUUCGUAAUUAUCUAUUGAUGUAAUAACGCAUUACUUAUGUUUCAUUAAGUUUUGAGUAGAUUUUGAGGUGUAUAAGAAAAUACAAUGGACGAAUAUAAAGAAACUUGUCGUCGUUCUUCGAUUUUAAAACCUCGAAAAGUUCGGAAUCCACUUGGAGAUGUUGAAGAACACAUUAUCGAUAAUGAUAAAGAAAAUGUUACCAUCACACCAAAAACUCGAAGAGUUAGUUUUGCAUCAAACAACCAAGUCAAACAAUUUGCUACGGAUGAAGAAAAAAACACCAUUUGGGAUUCAACUUAUGAAGAAACUGCUGAUGGUUCAUCUCAAGUUUCCCCACCAACUGUAAAUACUUUACAUUCAAUAACAACUUCUAGUAAAAUAAAUGUUGUUUAUGAUGAAAAUAUGGAUUUUACCAUACCGGUUUCUUAUGUACAAGAGAGAGUUGAAAAAAGUGUUAUUAAUUAUGGAGAAAAUUUAGAAUUUACUAAACCCAUUGUUGGUUGUUUAAUUCAAAGUCAAAAAAGUUGUACAAUGUCAAAGGAAAGCAGCUGUGACGAAACUUUAGAUCUUACUUUACCGGUGGGUUAUAAUAUUUUAGAAGUUAAAGCAGUUCAUGAAAAUAAAACGAUUAUUUGUAAUGAUGAAAUAGCAACAGAUUUAACUUUACCAAAUAAUUUAAAUAUUUCUGUGAACAAAAAUGUAAAUCAAACUGCAACUAAUAUGAGUUUUACUCAAGCUGUGGGUAGUUACCAUAAUGAUGAUGCAGUUAAAUUGAAGAAUACAUUAAAAAAUCCUUCAACAUCAGUAUUUUCUGCAGUUGCUAUGGGAAAUAAAGUUGAUAAAGAGAGAGGUUUAAAUCAAACUGAAAUUAAUAUGAGUUUUACUCAAGCUGUGGGUGGUUAUCAUAAUGAAGAUUUAGUUAAUUUGGAGAAUAUGUUAAAAAAUCCUUUAAUUCAAGAAAAAAAUCCUUCAACAUCAGAAUAUUCUGUGGUUGAGGUGGGAAAUAAAGUUAAUAAAGAGAAAAGUUUAAAUCAAACUGAAAUUAAUAUGAGUUUUACUCAAGCUGUGGGUGAUUACUGUAAUGAAGAUAUAGUUGAUUUGGAGAAUACAUUAAAAAAUCCAUCAACAUCAGAAUUUUCUGUAGUUGCUAUGGGAAAUAAAGUUGAUAACGAAAAAAGUUUAAAUCAAACUUCAAAUAACAUGAGUUUUACUCAAGCUGUGGGUGGUCAUAGUAUAGACAAUGCUUUGAAUUUAGAGAUUUCAUUAAAAAAUUGUUCAAUUGGAGACGAAAAUCAAUCAGAAUCUUGUUUAGUUACUUCUGGAUUGAAAGUUAAUGAGCAAAAAAGUUAUAAUCAAAACAGUACAAAUGAUAUGAGUUUAACUCAGGAUAUUGAUGGAAUAAAUUUUGAGUGUUCCUUAAAAAAUCCUUUAAUUGUAGAAGAUAAUCAAUUCGAAUCAAAAUCAGAAUUUUCUCGAAUAGCGGCUGGAGAUUUAUUUCCAUCAUUUUCAAAGUUAAAAUCGAUGCCUUUAGGUGAAGGUCUAAAUCCGAGUGAAUUUGAAGUUUCUUUAAGUGAAUUAAAAAGUGUCGAACAUACACAAGAACCUUCCUUGAUUGAUUUAACAUUGGAAAAUUCCGUUUCAACAUUGAACAUGGAUAUUGAUUUAAGCGGAAAACUAGAACGAAAAAUCGUUGAAAAGAAAAAAUUAGAAAUUUUAUUUGAUGUUAAAAAUUUUCGAAAAGAUGUUGAAAAAAUUACAAAAAAAUCAAAAAAACCGGACUUAACUUCGUUUUGUGCUAAAUUGAAAAAGUAUCUUGAUUUGACUCGAAAUUAUUUGAAGAAAUACAAUGAAAAUUGUAAAAUUACAGCGAAUCAAUCGGUUGAGUCAAUUAUUUCGGUUGAUGAUUCAGGACUCAAAAUAGAAUCAAUUGGAACAAUUAUAAAAUCAAUCGAGAAAGAUAAUAAACGUUUUUGGAAAUUGUUAUCAACAGAAAAUAAUCAACUUUAUAAAUUUUCCACUUUAUAUGGCUCUAUAAUUCUUGAUGUAACGUUAAAAGAGAAUUCAGAUGAAGUGGUAGAUUUAUUUAUUAUUGAUAACUUAAAAAAUGAUGUUGAAAUGGACGCCGCGUAUGUUCAUAAAGUAUUCAUUAAUAAAUUGGCUUUGAAUCGUAUAAAAGCCGCGUUGGGUUCCAAAUUCGAUUUAAGAUCAUUAUUAGAUUUUGUGAGAGAGAAAAUGUUAAAACAACGUGAGUUUUUACAAGAAUUUGAACGAUUAUCCAGAAAAUAUAAAUUGGUUAUGGACGAAAAUUAUCGUGUUAUAUUUCACGUUUUCUUUCCAAGUCGAAAAAUCGCAUGGAGAUUUGUUAUCUGUAUGUGUGAAAAUGAUUUUCAGCCGGAUAAAAACGUCACCUUUUCACCGCUUUUUCCUGAUAUUGAAGGCGAUGUAAAUAUAAAUGAAAGGAAAAUUGAGCACUUUAUAAAAAUGGGUUCUUCUGGAAUAUUGUUCAUUCAAGAUUUUAUUGAAAACGUUUAUUCAUUAUUUACAAGUUUAAAAUAGAUGUAAUUUAUGUU